UAAAGCGGACCCAUUUAAAGUGGGGAUUUAUCGAUUGUAUUGAGCCUUUAUAUUGUCUAUCAAAUUUUAUACUUUCACUUCAAUUUAUCGUUCUGUGUACAUAAGCAACUUAAUCUGGAAUAUGCAUAUUAAUCGAUGUAUCAGAAAACAAUAUGUUUUAAUUUGAGGAGAAGAAAUCGCUGGAUAUUAGCUGCUUUAAGAAUUGGAAUGUAAGAUCAAAAUGGUGGCAGUGGCAGAUAGAUCGAUAUUGGCCUGCAAUGUCACGUAUUGUUGAUAAUUCUUCUAUUUGUCGCACAUGAAACAGAGCAUGGAAUGGAUGGAUCGUGUCCAUUACUCCUUCCAUCCUUUGGGGAAAAAGGCGGCUCUGAGAGGGAAGCUAUAUACUCGUUGCAAAAAGUGGGCCUGUACAGACCACCCUCGGAUGCAAUUGACUUAGGAUAUCAUACACUGGACAAUAAUGCCUGCCGAUCUACAUCAUUAUCCACUGCUAUAUCGGUUCCUAUUAGGCAGCAAACUUUGUUGCAACAGAAAUGCGUGUACACUGCUGAUUUGUGUCAGCUAGAUGACACCUUAUUAUUAAGAAUAUUCAGUUGGCUGGGUACUAGAGAUCUCUGCUCCAUUGCCCAAACCUGCAGACGUCUUUGGGAAAUAGCGUGGGAUCCAUCACUCUGGAAAGAAGUAGAAAUACGAUAUCCCCAGAAUGCAACUCUUGCAUUAAAUGCACUGUCUAGACGAGGAUGUCAUGCAUGCAUACGGCGUCUUGUGCUCGAAGGUGCUGUUGGCCUGGCUGGUAUUUUCACUCAGCUGCCUUUUUUAAGUUUAACUUCCUUGGUACUGCGGCAUUCCAGACGCGUCACAGACUCGAAUGUGAGCGCUGUAUUAGACAAUUGUAUAAAUCUGAAAGAAUUGGACUUGACGGGAUGCGUUGGGGUGUCUGGUGCAUGCAGCCGAAUAACAACACUAAAGCUGCAGUCGUUGGAUCUCAGCGAUUGUCAUGGGGUCGAAGAUUCUGGCUUGGUACUGACACUCUCACGUAUGCCGCAUCUCGGAUGCUUGUAUCUACGACGAUGCGCGCGUAUAACUGAUGCCAGUCUUAUCGCGAUUUCUUCCUAUUGCGCCAGUCUAAGACAGUUGUCUGUUUCCGACUGUGUGAAGAUUACAGAUUUCGGAGUACGUGAAUUGGCAGCCCGCCUUGGUCCGUCCUUGCGUUAUUUUUCGGUAGGCAAAUGCGAUCGCGUGUCCGAUGCUGGUCUUUUGGUCGUAGCCAGGCAUUGUUACAAAUUAAGAUAUUUGAAUGCUCGUGGCUGUGAAGCACUCAGCGACAGUGCUACGUUGGCUUUGGCCCGUGGAUGUCCCCGGUUAAGAGCUCUUGACAUAGGAAAAUGCGAUAUUGGUGAUGCGACCCUCGAGGCUCUCUCGACCGGAUGUCCAAAUUUGAAGAAACUAUCUCUAUGUGGUUGCGAGCGAGUCUCAGAUGCUGGUUUGGAAGCGUUAUCCUACUAUGUACGAGGAUUGAGACAACUGAACAUCGGCGAAUGUCCUAGAGUUACAUGGGUCGGAUACCGGGCGGUGAAACGUUAUUGCCGUAGAUGCAUUAUAGAGCAUACUAAUCCUGGUUUCUCAAGCUGAGCCUUCUGAACCGUCCUCUAUUUACGACACUUACUAUCUAUUUAUUAACAACUUUCAUUUCAUCCCUCGUCUAGACACUAAUUUGUAAAAAGCAAUUAUUCAACGAUUGUGAAGAUAUAUACAUAUAUAUCGUAUACCACAAGUCAUGCGAGAGUAUAUCGUAUAUGUCUAUAUAUAUUUACAUACGUUCCAAAAUAUUACUCUUUGCUAUUUAUUAAUUUUAUAAUUUAAUACACAAAGGCGAUCUUUUAAAUUUUAUGUAAUUUGUAUAUUUAUUUUAUAAAUAAAAAUUUUUAGACUCAAUUCAAUUAGGUAAUGUGCGA